AGGGUUCGAACGGGAGCGGACGAGAAAGCGUGGCUCUCGCGGCAGGAACUUGCAUCCAAGCGCUCGACAGCAGAUCCUCGCAGCAGCCAACCUUACCACCAACAACGCUCACGGCCAGCUACGGCAGAUGGCGUGGCGACUGGGGGUAGAGGUGCAGGGAGGUCGCUCCUGCCUCUUACAAAGGCCCAUCCCCGGACAUGAAAUUGAUCUCUGACAAUUCUGGCAUGCUGGGUCGUGGCGGAAGCGAAGCCGUCGCGAAUGGCAGUCGCAGCGCCAUCGCCGCCGCCGCGGGCGCGUCAACACUCCCAAGCACCGGGUUUUCGUCCGCCGCCGGUGGCCACUACCGGGUACCGACCCCGACAGAACAGACCCCGUCCCCUCGCAAAGGCAUGCCCUACGGCGGUGGUGGGGGCGUGUUUGCGUUCGGGGUAGAUUCGCCGGACAGCAGCGGCCCUGACAAGCGCGACGAUCACGGGUACUUCGAGGCUAGCGAAGGAGGAUCGAAAAAGGCCGGCGGCUGCGGUGGCAAUCUCGGAACGGGAUACGAGCAAGGACAAGGUGUUUCCCCCGCUCGGAGGUGGCGCUCGGAGGAUUCAGGCGGCGGGGAGAGCGACGACGAGGUGGAAGGAGGGGGGGUGGACGCCGGGUUUCGAGAAGAGCUGGACGUGUUCGCGUCGUCUUUGCGAAGGGACUUCGAGCGGAAGCUGAUGGUGACGGCGAGAGAUGGGCUGGCGGCGGCCUGCGCGAGAGAGCGGAACGCGGGGCGCUUGCGGCUGGAGGCGCAGAGGAGGCACAGCAGCGAAGAGAUCCUUCACCUCGAGGCUGAAGGGAGACGGUUGGAGGCGGAGGUGGCCAGGCUUCGAAGGUGA